CCGGGAGGGCGAUGCGGCUCCCCGCGUCCCGCUGAGCGAGGCCGCCUGCACCCCGCCGGGGCUGCCCGCAGGGCGGGGGGCUGCCCGCGCCCCUCGGCCUCCACCCCCCCGCCACCCCCACUUCCACCCUUGGGGGCUUUUACUAUUUUAUUUCGUUUGGGUUUCGUUUGAUUUAGUUUUUUAUUUUUAGUUUUAUUUACCCCUCCUGGAAAAAAAAAUAUAUAUACCAAAAAAAAAAGCCGCCGCUGCCUGCACCGACCCCCGCGGGGCUGGAGAGGCUGAUGCGGCCGCCAAGGGAGAGGAUAGUGGUUAAAGCUCGAGCUGGAUGGAUGGGUAUGGGGAGAGGGGCAGGAUCCACAGCCCUGGGACUUUUCCAAAUCCUCCCUGUCUUUCUCUGCAUCUUCCCUUCAGUGACAUCUCCAUGCAAGAUCCUCAAGUGCAACUCUGAGUUCUGGGCGGCCACGUCGGGCUCGCACCACCUGGGCGCGGAGGAGGCGCCGGAGUUCUGCACGGCGCUGCGGGCCUACGCGCACUGCACGCGCCGCACCGCCCGCACCUGCAGGGGAGACCUGGCCUACCACUCGGCCGUGCAUGGCAUAGACGACCUCAUGGUGCAGCACAACUGCUCCAAGGAUGGCCCCACGUCCCAGCCCCGCCUCCGGACAUUGCCCCCCGGGGACAGCCAGGAGCGCUCCGACAGCCCCGAGAUCUGCCACUACGAGAAGAGCUUCCACAAGCACUCGGCCGCCCCCAACUACACCCACUGCGGGCUCUUUGGGGACCCCCACCUCAGGACUUUCACGGACACUUUCCAGACCUGCAAGGUGCAGGGGGCUUGGCCGCUCAUAGACAAUAACUAUCUGAACGUGCAGGUCACCAACACGCCGGUGCUGCCUGGCUCGUCAGCCACUGCCACCAGCAAGCUCACCAUCAUCUUCAAGAGCUUCCAGGAGUGCGUGGAUCAGAAAGUGUACCAGGCAGAGAUGGACGAGCUCCCCGCUGCCUUUGUGGACGGCUCCAAGAACGGAGGGGACAAGCACGGUGCCAACAGCCUGAAGAUCACAGAGAAGGUGUCGGGGCAGCACAUCGAGAUCCAGGCCAAGUACAUCGGCACCACCAUCGUGGUGAGGCAGGUGGGGCGGUACCUCACCUUCGCUGUGCGCAUGCCGGAGGAGGUGGUCAACGCCGUGGAGGACCGGGACAGUCAGGGCCUCUACCUGUGCCUCCGUGGCUGUCCAGCCAACCAGCAGAUUGACUUCCAGACCAUCCGCUCGGCGCAGGCCUCGGAGGGCCGUGCCCGUCGGAAGGGGCCCAGCCUGCCCGCGCCCCCCGAGGCCUUCACCUACGAAUCGGCCACGGCCAAGUGCCGGGAGAAGCUGCCCGUGGAGGACCUCUACUUCCAGUCCUGUGUCUUUGACCUCCUCACCACGGGGGAUGUCAACUUCAUGCUGGCUGCUUACUAUGCCUUUGAGGACGUGAAGAUGCUUCACUCCAACAAAGACAAGCUGCACCUCUAUGAAAGGACACGGGUCCUGACCCCGGGCAACACGGCGCCCACGGGAGCACAUCCCACCCUCUGGGUAGCACUGCUGUGUUUGUGUUGGUUGUGCUUGUUAUAG